AUGGCGGCGCCCAAGUCGUAACAAGUGCAUGGAGACUGCUCCGGAGAGAAGAGAGACAUUAGGAGCGCGCCGGAUGGAGCUGGAGUCGUCCGCGAUGGAGAACGGCGCGGGGCCCCGCGGAGACGAGCGCCCGCCAGCGGCCGGGGACUACACGGUCGCCGAGGGACGGGCCACGAUCGUCUUCCCGAGCGCCAACGAGGUCUUCUACAACCCCGUGCAGGAGUUCAACCGGGAUCUGACUUGUGCUGUGAUCACCGAGUUUGCUCGCACUCAGCUUGGGGCCAAAGGAAUCCAGAUCGAGGUGCCAGGUGAGAAGGACCUGCAGAAGGUGGUUGUGGAUUUGCCGGAGCAGGAAGAGGAAAAGGUCGAUCCUAAAGAAGAUGAAAGCCUAGCAGUAGGAGAGCCGCCUCGAACAGCCGCAGUGGGCGAGAUCUGUGAGGAAGGUCUGCGAGUGCUGGAAGGCCUGGCAGCUUCAGGCUUACGCUCCAUCCGGUUCGCCCGAGAGGUGCCCGGCCUCCGAUCUGUGGUUGCCAACGAUGCCUCUGCCCGGGCUGUGGAGCUCAUUCGUGAUAAUGUGAAGUUCAAUGGUGUGGCCCAUCUUGUGGAGCCCAGCCAUGCUGACGCCCGGAUGCUGAUGUACCGCCACCUGAAGGCCUCCGAGCGAUUUGAUGUCAUUGACCUGGACCCGUAUGGCAGCCCUGCCCUCUUCCUGGACGCCGCCGUGCAGGCCGUCAGCGAAGGAGGACUCCUGUGCAUCACCUGCACGGACAUGGCCGUGCUGGCGGGCAACAGCGGGGAGACGUGCUACAGCAAGUACGGCGCCAUGGCCCUCAAGAGCCGGGCCUGCCACGAGAUGGCGCUGAGGAUCGUCCUGCACAGCCUGGACCUGCACGCCAACCGCUACCAGCGCUUCGUGGUGCCGCUGCUCAGCGUCAGCGCCGACUUCUACGUGCGCGUGUUCGUGCGCGUGUGUUCGGGCCAGGCCAAGGUCAAGGCCUCAGCCAGCAAACAGGCGCUGGUGUUCCAGUGUGUGGGUUGCGGGACCUUCCACCUGCAGCGCCUUGGCAAAGCAACCGCAGACGCUAGUGGCCGGGUCAAGUUCUCUGCAGCCUGCGGUCCCCCGGUGACCCCCGAGUGUGAGCACUGUGGGCAGAGGCACCAGCUUGGCGGCCCCAUGUGGGCAGAGCCCAUCCAUGACCUGGACUUCGUGAGUCGUGUCCUCGAGGCGGUCAGUGCCAACCCCAGCCGCUUCCGCACCUCUCAGCGGAUCCAGGGCAUGCUCAGCGUCAUUACCGAGGAACUGCCAGAUGUCCCUCUUUACUACACGCUGGACCAGCUGAGCAGCACCAUUCACUGCAACACUCCCCGCCUCUUGCAGUUGAGGUCGGCCCUCCUCCACGCUGGCUUCCGAGUCUCCCUCUCUCAUGCCUGCAAGAAUGCGGUGAAGACAGACGCCCCCGCCUCGGCUCUCUGGGACAUCAUGCGCUGCUGGGAGAAGGAGUGUCCCGUGAAGCGGGACAGGCUGUCGGAGAGCAGCCCGGCAUUCCGCAUUCUCAGCGUAGAGCCCAGGCUGCAGGCCAACUUCACCAUCCGUGAAGAUGCCAACCCCAGCUCCCGCCAGCGAGGGCUGAAGCGAUUCCAGGCCAACCCAGAGGCCAACUGGGGUCCCCGGCCCCGUGCAAGGCCAGGGGGCAAGGCGGCAAGCCGGGACGUGGAGGAGAGGCGCCGGCUCAUGCAGAAUAAGCGGAAGGAGCCCGAGGACCCGGCCCAGAGGGCCGCUCGCCUCAAAGCCUUUCCCUGCAAAAGGUUCAAGGAGGGCACGUGCCAACGAGGGGACCAAUGCUGCUAUUCGCACAGCCUUGCUGCCCCUGCUGAUGCGGCCCUCGCAGAAAACGCCGAGACCCUCAGCCAGACCUGCCCCGGGCCCGGGGCUGCAGCCGGGCCAGGUGUGGACUGAGCUAAUAAAGAGAGGUUACUGUC